AUGAGCCGGCCUAUCCGAAAAAGGGGACGAAAGCCGGCUAUCGCAAAGCCUCCUGCGAUGCAGGACGACGGUGGAGAAGGACCCAUUGGUGGGUUCAAAUCAUUCUACGCCAUUCGCCGACUGAUUCGAAUCUACCGCGAUACGAUGUAUCAAUGCUACUUUCCGUUCCUCUCCGAAAAGGAUCUUGAGGUGCGCUGGGAAAACGGCAUCAGCGACACCGAUGGGCCAUCGUACGCAUUGCUCAUGUCGCUCUGCGCCGUCAGUUCCCAAAUGGCGGCGAUGAACGCAGUCUUUGACGACACAUUGCUUCAAGGCAUCUCCAUCCCCGACAGCGAACUCUACUUCACAGAGGCUGUGUCCAAUAUACCAGUUCAUAUCCCUCAGUCGCAAAACCUGGACUAUCUGCGGUCCUUCGGCCUUUUGGCUGUCUACUCUCUGCGCCAUGGCAACCACAGCGACCUCCACCGGUAUUUGGGGCUUUAUCAUGCCUCAGUUGCGCAACAUGGCUUUCACGAUGAAAGCCGCUGGCCCGAUGAUAUCACGACAUUCGAGGUUGACGAUCGCCGACGCCUGUUUUGGUGUGCCUAUCGCCUUGAAGUCCACUCGGCAUGUGUGCUUGGACAUGUCGUGCGGAUGCCGGAAUCGCAGGUAUCAGUUCUCUAUCCUCGCAUCACUCCAGCGAUGGAUCCGGAAACACAGGCCUGGACUGCCGGCUGGGAUUACAUCACAGACCUGUUCCGGCUGUUGGAAUACGCAAUCUUCAGCCUGCACGGCUGCAAGAACCGGAAGGCAGUGUUGGCUGUCCUCUACGAUAAGCCCGCUCCGACGACCCUGCUCAACAGCCUAGCCCAACUCAAGGCCAAUAAGUCUCGCAUACUCCUGGGCCUGACUGAGGCAGAUGGAGAAUUUCAGAGUAACCGCUGCAAGUACAUGUCAGUCCAGAUCACUUGCACGGAGACGCUCGUGAACAUCAUGGCCCUUCUCUACUGCCAAGCACCCGCUCAAGAGGUCAUGACUCUCGCCAGUAGCUUUUUAGAAGAGGUGAUCAAAGCCCCGCUCAUCAUGUUCAAAGUUGCAAGCAUUCAGAUUGUGCAUCAGCUUCUCGGGGUAGGCCACAUGCUUCGCAAUGCCUCCAGAUACGAACAUGGGGUGUAUCGCACUGAAGCGAAACGGCUGAUCACUUUCUUGGGGGAUUUGGUCAAAAACCUGGAGCAUGACAUUCCAUCUGCAGCUGAAGCUGCCGAAAGACUCCUUGAGCUGGCAGAGGCCACUUCCUGA